AUGGAAACCCAGGACCCGGGCGAUGCCAAUCUUCGCCGAGCCCUCAAAGCCGAAUUUGUAGAGGCAUCGAAACAAACUUCUCAGAAUGAUACGAUUGUCUGUCGGUGCUUGGCGUUUGGUGAGAGUGGACAACAUAGAGUGUUUGAGGCUUUUUACAACGGGCUUAAUCAUAAGGUCGGAGACGAGCAUCCAGACGCCGAGCGUCUGCUCCAAGAACUAUCAAAAUCAGACCAGAAACUAGUGAAGCUAUUCACACUGCAGAUUUCAGUCCCCUCGGCAGCGCAUCAAGAGGCUGUUGUGACAAGAGCCAUGAAGCUCAUUAGAAAGACUCUCGGCUUCACGAACCAUCUAGGCAAAAGCUCCUGGAGGAAUCCGAGAGUCGGUAUAGUUUAUCCUUUGAUUUCCAGACUAUCCAUUCGCGUGGCUCUAGCCAUAGCUAUUGCCGAGGAAGAAUCCUUACACGUUGCGUCUAGCGUGCGAGACUUGCUCAACUUGCUAUUCAAAGUGAUGAGCAUGGAAUCGGAUGAGACAAUCGACCUAUUUGAUGACUCUUAUCACUAUUCCGAUGAUCUAAAUGGCUUUUUACGUGUGACUUGGCAACAAAUAUUCGGUCUUCUUUUGUGGUAUAUAUUUAGACACCAAUUGACGAAGGGAUAUCAGCACAUCUGGCACCAGCUCCUGAUCCUGGAAGAUAAAAAUAUCACAUUUGUUAAACGCUCCUUGUCGUCGCGUUCUAUGAACGUAAUUCCUCGUUAUAUGUGCCACUGGGCCUUCAAGCUCCUCUUCAACAGCAGGGCAGCCAUCGGUCUAUCAUUUAACCACUUUUUGCAACGGUUUAGCGACCUGCAUGAGGGUAAAAGUGCUCGAUGUAUGGGCAAUGACCCGUGGAACCCCUGCAACGGCACACAUCCUUCUAAUUGCGGGAGAUUCACGGAUAUAGACCUAGUCAUACCAGAGCAAUCCGUCCAUACCGAUACAUGUGACAGCAAAUGUCCCAGGCUUGUAUGGAAUGAGGUCAGCUAUGACUCCCUAAUAGACUGCCCGAGAGCUGUUUGUGUCUCACGGGGUACGGAGACGUGUCUCUACACAAAGGCUUCGGGCCGCACCGUGGCCAUAUCACAUGUCUGGAGCCAUGGGCAUGGUGGAAGGCCGAGUACUGGUAUGAACCGUUGCCUCCAUGAUCGGUUUUCCAGGCUUGCGGUUAGUUUUGGCUGUGAUUCUUACUGGAUCGACACUCUUUGUAUUCCAGAAGAUCAUACAAAAAGAAUAGAAGCCAUUCGGCACAUCAACAAAACUUUUGCAAAUGCAAAGCUUGUCUUGGUCAUAGACCGAGACCUUAUGGAUUUGGACAUUUCGGAGCCGCGCGAGGCAAACAGCCAUCAACCACUCACCCAUUAUACAUCCUCGACAAUCCCCAUUGAACUUUUGGAAUCGGUUCUCGCAACUUUUCUCGUCUGUGACUGGAACGUCCGGGCCUGGACAAUGCUAGAAGCCAUGAGAGGGGGUCGGAAUCUUCACUUUCUCUGCAAGUACGAUCAGUGCCUAAGUCUGAACGAAUGUCUUAGCAGAAUGUGCGAUGAUGGUAGCAUCGAGAUCGCAUCCAUCUUCCUGUCAUCACGGCACCUGCUCCCAGUCCCCAAAGGUGUCAAGGAGAACUCGUAUAGCCUUGAAUCAGCAGGAGCCAUCUUGGCCUACCGUCAUGCCACGAGACCGGGAGAUGAUGUAGCUAUUUGGGCGCUUAUGACGGGCACAGAAGUAUGGGGUAAUGCGGCAGACUUUUGGAGAAGUCAAGUUGGAAAAGAAGUACCGACUGGAUUUCUUAAAUCCAGUGUAGAGCGAGCGAAAAAUGUGAGAUGUUUCUCUUGGGCACCGCAAACACCUUAUGUGCGGUGGGAGCCAGGAUGGUUACGCCGUAGAGGAGACUUUCUAGAAUGGGGACGUAAGCAUUACCCAUACGACGGUCUGGGGAGCAGAAUGGCUGAAAUCACCAAUGACGGCUUAAAGGCGAGCUGGCUGUUUUAUUCUCUAGGACCGGAAGAUUGGAGCGACAUGUAUCCUCGUCUCGGAUCGGGGAAAAAUGCCGCUUGGGUAGUUGCUACGAGUCUGCAUACCUUCAUUCCUCACGUUGCUCUGCUCGAUGCUCUUUCAGAACAAGACGACAGUCGUUACGAAGAUACUACAGUAAAGCUGGAUGAUAAUGCAAAGCAGAGUUUGGUUGUUAUUUGGUCUUACAAUGGCCUGUGGUGGCACUGGUAUGGAGUAUAUGAAUGGGGCCCAUGCAGAUAUGGACCGCCCAGAAUGGUACCAGCAGAGAUUCUCAUGGUUUAG